UAUUUAGUUUCGUUUUCCAGAAUUGGUGAAGGAGGAACCCUCUCUCAACACCGCCUACUGAGAAUGUAGUCGUCGAGACGUCUGUUGUUUAGUUCGCUGUUACGGCGUGGUGAACUGCAACGGUCCGUACACGUUAUGCAGUUUCUACCUCCUGGAUGGCGUAUACAUUUCUUCCAGAAACCUGUUUUCUCGUCAUCCUUUCUGUUUCAGUGGUGCUGGCCAACUUGCCUGUCCCCAAAAAUGUGAGGGUGAUAUCCAUCAACAUGGGAGUGAUCUUGGAGUGGGACAGGCCAAACACUUCCCUAGGUAACCUCACCUAUACUGCAGAAUACAGGUCCUCCGAUGACGCCGGUUUCAGUACUGUCUGCCGUAAUCAAACAGAGCGCAGGUGUGACUUCACCCAGGGGAUCCAUCCUUUCGGCAUUUACGUGUUCCAAGUGAGGGCGGAGCGGCGGGGAGAGACGUCCAGGUGGGCAAAGACUAAAGAAUUCCUCCCGGACCAAGAGACUGUCAUUGGAGGUCCGACUGUGAGGCUGGUCUCUAGAGAAGGAAACCUGGAGAUGGACAUUCAAGACCCUGUUAUGAAGGUUAAAGAUUUAAUAGAGAUCUACAGCACAGUGGGGUACAACAUCAGAUACUGGAAAGAGGGGGAGGAGGAUAAGGCCACUGUAAUGAAUGACAGGCAGCAGAAUAGCCUCGUGCUGAUCCAGCUGGAGGCCUUGAGCAGGUACUGCGUGCAGGUCCAGGUCUUUAUUGGGGAGUUCGAGAAGACUGGAGAGUUCAGCCAGGCAACGUGCGAGACCACCACCACAGACGGGAGGGUGCAGGCUUGGUUGAUCGCUCUCAUCUUGGUGGUCAGCUUUGUGGUUGUGUCUGUGGCUUUGCCAUUGCUGUUCCUGGUCGUCUGGUACUUCUACAAAGGCCUGAAAAUCCUCUAUCCCACUGCCACCCUGCCCGAUCACUUAAAAAGGUACUUGAUGGAGCCACCCCACCAAUAUAUCUUCAUGGCCAUGCAGAACAGCUCCCAGCAGGAAGAACAGUACCAGGAGGUCAGCAUAAUAUCAGAGAGCCCCCUUGUGGAGGAAGGACCACUCUGCAGCCACUCAGACAACGGCAUGACAGAGGAUGGGGAAGUACUUCCACAAAAUGAAAAAGAGUAAAAGCAGCAAUGGGCUCACAUAUUUAUUGAUUUUGAAGAUCAUGCAAUCUUCCUCACUGGAAGAAAGAACAUUUCAGGCUUUCAAAAAAACCGAAUUAUUCCAGUUUGUAGGUUUUCAUCAGUUUACAUGCAAUGGCUUCCUUAAAACUUGUGUCAGUGAGAGACUUUUUGUCCAAAGCACUUUAAUGAUUUUUUUUUUGUGUGACUUAUUUCUGACAUGUAAUCAAUAACAUGUGACAACGUGCCAUGCAAAUAAUCACUCCUUCCACCACCUUUGUGUUCCCCAUUUUUUCAAAACUUCCUGUAUUUAUUUUAACCUCACAUUCCCUUGACUAAAAUUGUUACAUUUUUGCCGGGUUUAUGCUUCCUUAUAACUUUGUGGCAACACACAGCAGAGCCAUGGUUGAUGGCAGUAUUUGAAGGGUACUGUCAAAACCUAUGAAACGUGAGGAUGUAUUCAUGCUACAAAUAUAAUAUAGAUAAAAAUGUAAAGAAUUGAAUAAAAUAACAAACAUGAAGCACCCUA